AUGCAUCCGAACACUUGCGAAUCGUGCCACUUUUUAUUUUUGUUAUGCAUUCUGUUAAAGAGUUGUCAGACAUUUAAGAAUGAUGCUACGGAGAUAUUGUACACACACGUGGUUAAUCCGGUACAAGAGACUCCGAGUAAUAUAUCUUUAAAUCGAGCAAGAAACGGUGGAAGAGGCGUUGGUAACACUGCAUCCGAGAGAACUGAACGUGCUCAGGUGGGAUGCAGAGAACUACGGUCCACCAAGUACAUCUCAGACGGCCAGUGCACCAGCAUAAACCCAAUCAAGGAAUUAGUGUGCGCUGGUGAGUGCCUCCCGGCUCAAAUGCUGCCCAACUGGAUUGGUGGAGGCUAUGGGAGAAAAUUCUGGAGUCGGCGGAAUGCCCAGGACUGGCGCUGCGUGAAUGACAAGACACGCACCCAGCGGAUCCAGCUGCAAUGCCAGGACGGCAGCACGAGAACUUACAAAAUUACUGUGGUCACCUCCUGCAAAUGCAAGAGGUACUCUAGACAGCAUAACGAGUCCAGCCACAAGUUUCAGGAGCCAUCCCGGACCCAGCUCCUUCGCAAACCCAAGGCCAAGAGGAGGCAUGGAAAGAGCAAGCACAGGGAGAACUGGCAUGAAUCAGAGCCCAGAAACUAAAGACUCUGACCAUGGCCGUGGUCCAGGAUUAUCUCUCAUUUGGACUGGUUUGCCACAGUAUCUAUG